AGCAACUACUCUACGGCACAUACAUUCUGAUUUUCAAUUUUUUCAUUUUUUGUUUUCAAUAACUGCUAUUUUAUGGAUAUUCUGGUAAUAAACAUGAAAUAAAUGUGUGCAAUACAAUUUAUGUGAUAUUGAUAUACCUCACGAACUGAUAUAUAUAUUUCAACAGAUUGAAUAUAACUAGCAAUCAAAGAUGGGUGACCGGCUAAAACAAUUGAAGGAAAAGUCCCAGAAAAGGAGGGAACUUCUGGCUAUGCAGAUGGGUGUGUCUAAUUCUAAAGAUCUGAGUACAGUUAUUAGUAGCAAGAAGGAACAACAAGAGAAAGUGGAAGCAUCCAAGAAGAGAGCAGCACUAUUGGAUGAUGAGCCCAACAAAAAGCUUAUGAAGGAGGAUGAUGAUGAGGGUCCUGUAGACACAAGUAAAGGCAUCGACCCCAAGUCAGUCCUGCCAGAGAAUGAGAGAGAUAUCUACAGUGAGAGGGAUCAAAUCUACAAAGAUUCCAGCACAUUUCUCAAGGGAACCCAGAGUGCCAAUCCUCACAAUGACUAUUGUCAGAACUUUGUGGAUACUGGAGAGAGACCUCAGAAUUAUAUCAGGGAUGUAGGCUUGGCUAACAGGUUUGAAGAAUAUCCAAAGCUGAGAGAACUUAUCAGGUUAAAAGAUGAACUCAUUGCAACCACAAAUACACCUCCGAUGUACUUAAAGUGUGAUCUCCAAAACUUUGAUCUUCAAGACCUUGAUGCAAGGUUUGACGUCAUUCACAUUGAUCCACCUCUAGAGGAGUAUGCAAGGACCAAUGGCGCCAUCUAUGAUAAAUACUGGAGCUGGGAAGAGAUAAUGGGUUUGGAAAUAGAAAAGAUAGCAGCUCAGAGGUCAUUCAUCUGGAUAUGGUGUGGACAUGGAGAAGGCCUUGACUGGGGAAGGAAGUGCUUGAAAAAGUGGGGAUUCAGGAGAUGCGAGGACAUUUGCUGGAUAAAGACAAACAUUCAAAAUCCUGGCCACAACAAGAACUCUGACCCGAAAGCAAUUUUUCAGAGAACAAAGGAGCAUUGUUUGAUGGGGAUAAAGGGUACAGUACGGCGUAGCACCGAUGGUGACUUCAUCCAUGCUAAUGUUGACAUUGAUCUGAUCAUUGAUGAGGAACCACCUUAUGGGAGUAAAGAAAAACCUAUAGAGUUAUUCCACAUGAUGGAACAUUUCUGCCUUGGGAGGAGACGUCUUCAUGUGUUUGCUAGGGACAGUACAAUUAGACCUGGUUGGGUCAGUAUCGGCCCUGAAUUGACCAGUAGUAACUAUGAACCAGAGGCGUAUAAUGAGUUCUUCAAGGAGCCGAAUGGGAUACUGACAGGAUGUAGUGAGGAGAUUGAGCGGUUACGUCCCAAAUCUCCACCCCCUAAAAAUCAAGAUGGAAACAGGGGUGGGAGAGGAGGAAGGGGUGGUUCCAGGGGUGGAGGAAGAGGGGGUAGGGGAGAUUACAGAGGGGGCAGGGGUGGGGGAGGUCCUAGAGGUGGACGGGGAGGUGGAAGGGGCAGGGGAAGCUUCGACUCAUAA